AAUGAUGAUAACAAUGAUGAUAUAGGAGACAUGUUUCCGAUAGGAUUGCGUGUUCUUGCUGUUGAUAACGAUCGAGAAAGCCUUUUCAGUUUAGAGACUAUGCUCCGAAGUUGUCAAUACCAAGUAACAACGUCUACAGAUGCAACGACAGUACUGAGGAUGUUGAGAGAAAACAAGUUUGACCUUGUGAUCAGUGAACUACACAUGCCUGAAAUUGAAGGACUUAAGCUGCUUAAGCUCAUGCAACCUAUGGACAUACCUGUUAUAUUGUUCUCCAUUGAUUAUGACAGAAAGUUGGCGAUGGAAGCAGUUACUCUGGGAGCAUGUGAUUAUUUGCAGAAACCAAUUAGAAUGGAAGAGCUGCAGAAUAUUUGGCAGCAUCUUGGUCAUAACAAGGAGCACCAAGCAAUCCAAAAGAAGCAUCGGGUUAUUUGGACGGAGGAGCUGCACCAAAGUUUUUUGGCCGCUGUUAAUCAGUUAGGAGGUGUUGACAAGGCUGUAACUAAACAAAUUCUUCAAGUGAUGAAGGUUGAGGAGCUUACUAGGGCGAAUGUGGCCAGCCAUCUUCAGAAGUAUAGAAAAAGUCUGAACAAAAUCAGCUCUAAGCCAACUCAACAAGUUAAUAACGUCAGUGCUUUUAGAUCGUCUUCACCUGGUGGGAUGAUUAGAAGAUUGGACACUCCUGCUGUUGUGCCAGAGUUGCCUUCUUCUGCAACUCUUCAAUUGGAUCAUGCACAGAACUUAAACAACUCAACCAAUGAUCAACGUAAUUUCCAAUCAGCCUUAGUUUAUGAUAAUCAAAAUAGUUUACUGGGAUUGCCAAUGUUUGGGGAGCUUGACCAACUGCUUUGGAAUGACAUGAGUUUUGCCACCUUGCAAGGAGGGAAUCUGAGUAGGAAUGAGGGUGUUGAACCUUUUAGGCAGGCUAUAAGGCCUCCUAAUAUAUAUGACAUGAGUUUUGCACCCUUGCAAGGAAGGAAUCUGAGUAGUGUUACAAAUGCUCCUGGGCAAACGAGUAAUAAUGUGCCUUUUCAGAGGUUGGAUGACCAAAGACAGGAUGGCAGUCAUCCUUAA